AUGUUUCGCAUUUACACUUUCCUUGUGGCCUUUGCUACUUCUAUCUUUCUCAAAGUUUCUUGUUCAUCAUCUGAGUUCAGUUUAGAUGGAGAUUACUUAUUGGGAGGACUUUUUCCAGUACAUGAAGCUGAACAUGCAGGACCCCUGUUCUUCCCGGAGGCCAUUGAAUGUUCCAGGCAAACUUUCUCAAACUCAGGCUAUCAGAUGUUUCAAGUAAUGAGGUUUGCUGUUGAGGAGAUUAAUAACUCAACCACCCUGCUGCCCAAUGUCUCUCUGGGUUAUGAAAUUUUUGAUCAUUGUUCUGACACUAAGAAUUUCCCUUCAGUCUUCAGUUUUAUCUCACAGAACGGAUCAAUAAAUCCUCAAGAAAAACUCAACAGCCAUCAGACUAAAGUCAUUGCUUUAACAGGACCAUAUGGAAACACAAGAACUAUUACUAUUGCACAGCUGAUCACAAUGGACCUUAUACCACUGGUUAAUUAUGGAGCUACCAGCUAUACAUUGAGUAAUAAACUUCAGUAUCCAUCUUUUAUAAGAACAAUCCCUAGCAACAAAGAGUUGAUACAGAUGAUUAUUCACAUCAUCCAGUGGUUUGGAUGGAACUGGGUUGCUUUUCUUGGAGAUCCAGACAGUGGGGAUGGCCGACAGCUGUUUAACAGUUAUAUCAAAAAUACUGGGAUUUGUUUGGCUUAUCAAGAGAUUCUCAGUCAAAGUGCAAACUACAGUUUAACUCUUAAAAAGAUUGAUAAACUCAACAUCAAUGUCAUUGUGGUUUUCACUGUGUCACAAUAUGCAAAAAAUAUAAUCAAAGCAGCCAUAACAAACAACAUCCGAGACAAAGUUUGGAUUGCAGAUGAAACAUGGUCCAUGAAUCAGCAGCUUCUAAAAGAGCCAGGAAUUGAGAAAAUUGGAACAAUUAUUGGCAUUGCAGACAGAUUUUUGUCAUUGCCGGGAUUUAAUGAAUUCAUUUAUAAAACCAAAGGAACAACUGAGGUUUAUCCUAAUGAUAACAUUGAGAGUGAAAUCCACACAAAGACAUGUAAUCAAGAUUGUGACAACUGCUCAUUGGUGACAGCAGAGGAAAUUAUAAAUGAAGAUCCCACAUUCUCUUUUCCCAUCUACGCUGCCAUAUACACCAUAGCUCACGCAUUACAUAAAGUUCUGCACUGCAACAUGAACCAAUGCAGCAAAAAUACAACAGUCAAGCCAUACAUGCUUCUGGAAGAAAUUAAGAAUUUGGAUUUCACACUAAAUAACCAUCAAGUGAAAUAUGAUGUUAAUGGUGAUCCAUUUGUCAGUUAUGCAGUCGUGGUCUGGCACACUGUAACAAAUUCUCCAUGGAUUGAGAUGGUGGGCACUUAUGACACAUAUCCAGAAAUUAAUUUUACCAUCAACAAUUCACUCAUGCCCUGGCAUAACAAUACUUCUGUUCCUUUCUCAAACUGCUCUGUUGAGUGUAAGGAGGGAUUUUCAAGAGAACACGUGGGAUUUCAUGAUUGCUGCUUUCUCUGUAAAAAAUGUCCACAAAACAGCUAUGUGAAUUAUUCUCGAGACCCCUAUACCUGUUUUUCAUGUGCAGAGGAUGAAUGGUCUGAUGGGGGCAGUGUGACAUGUCAGACACGUUCUGUUAUCUAUCUACAGUUCACAGAAAUCCCUUCCAUUGCACUUAUAUUUUCCAAUGUAUGCUUGAUUACUCUUCUCAUUAUCAUGAUUUUUAUUUUCGCUUACAAUUACAACACACCAAUGGUGAGGUCUGCUGGUGGCAACAUGUCUUUCCUAAUGUUAGUGUGUCUGAUUAUGUCUUGCCUAAGUGCGUUCUUUUUCUUUGGUGAACCCACAUCUAUAAAAUGUAUGUUAAGAAAUGUCUUAUUUAUGUUUUUCUUUACUGUCUGUCUCUCCUGUUUGUUUGUUCGUGCCUUUCAAAUAGUUUGUGUCUUUAAAAUGAAUGAGUUCCCUAAUGUGCACAGGUUGUGGGUAAAGUACAAUGGCCAGUGGAUGUUUGUCAUCUCUUUUUCUGUCUUUUAUUUCAUUGUUUGUGUUAUGUGGAUGACCAUUGGACCUCCCAAACCCUUCAGUGACUUACUGUCUUUUAAACAACAGAUAUUUCUCACCUGUAAAAUAGGGCAUGUUAUAUUCACUAGCACAGUUGUAUUCAUAAAUUUUGUUCUUGGUGCCUUGUGUAUCUUGUUUUCUUACAUGGCACGAGAUCUUCCCAAAAAUUACAAUGAGGCCAAAUCAAUAACCUUUAGUAUAAUUUUUUAUAUUGUGAUCUGGAUUGCAUACUUGACAGCUAUUUUUCUCGUAAAUAGCAAAGAAAACUUUCUAAUGAAUGCAUUGGUUCAGAUAUCCAGUACAUAUGCAAUUCUCUUUUGCUAUUUCAUACCAAAAUCUUACAUAAUGUUAUUUCAACCAAAGAAAAACACUGCUGCAUACUUUCAAACAUCUAUUCAGAAUUACACACAAACUAUUAGUAAAAGUUAAACCACAGCAAUGAUGCUGCACAGAUGCAGAUGAA